CUCUGCUUGUCAGUGUUCAGAAAGUAAGAAUAGUGUGUGUGCGUGAUUGUGUAGUCCAUUUAUCAAAAUGUCUGACUUAAAUUUGAACGACGACUUGUUAAAUUACGAGUUGGGUGACGAUAUUGAUGAUCAAGCACUAUAUGGGGCUGACGAGGAUGAGCUUCUUUUGUCAGACGAUGAACUUGAAAAAGAUGUCACUAAGGAAGUUAAACAGCAAAUAAAGGCAGAGGCAGAACAAUGGGUUAAUGAACGUAUUCAGGAAAAAGAAAUAAAACAAAAUGUUUCUAACCAACUCAACACAGAACAAAAUAUAUCCGGUGUAGGCGGUUGUACCGUUUCUACAAAAAACAAUAAAGACACUAUCAAACAAAUUUCGGGAGACGCAACUGAGGUAACUUCAACAGCGACGCCACAUUCGGGUGCGAAUAACUUAAAGCAUGGUGAUGUAACAGAUGAUGUCUCUACCAGUGAAAGUUCUGCAUUAUCGGUUGCAGAGUUCAAAGAGCCUACACAGUCACAAAUCCCGAAAGAGCUGGUACAGCAGGCAGUACCUGCCCCUACGCAGAAUCAAUUACUUAGCACAACAAAUAGUGAUGAAGUAACGUCAAGUAGUAGCAAAGAAGCUGAAGGAGAUCAUUCGUCAGUUAUCAGCUGCAGCACUGGUAAUAUGACAGAUUCCUCUUUCAUACAAAGUUCUCAAGAGAGCUUGGGUGUUGCUGCUCUUAGCGCCAGUGACUUUUCUGAUCCCAGAGAAGAUAUCGAAGAUGAACGUGAAGCACGUACAAACAUAAAGACAACAAAUGAACGAGAUUUUGAUAGCGGAAUUAAUGAAUCAGCAGAUAAACAUCAUUCGCGUUUCGUACAUAGUAAACGUGGUGGUAAUCCACUGUUACGGCCCCAUUCACUACGUGGCUCUUAUCAUGGCCAAAGACCGCUUCUGCGUUACCCUCCAUCACACGGUAAUUUCCUAUUAACGGCGCACGGGUUUCCCGCAGCGAGAACCAGUAUCAUUUCUACAACACUAACUCAUACAACCUCCGCCAUCAUUCCAGGUCAAUUCCCGUUACAACAACCACCCUUACCUUAUGCACCACAUAACACAACACACGGUCCGCCUUCUACAAAUCCUGGUACUAUGGGACCACAAUCCCAAAAUCCUAACGCACCGAUUCCUCUCCAUCCACAUGAUCCCAUGAAUCCUCUUAUUUCUCAUCGUCCACGACAUCCAUAUACCGGUUUUCGUACUGGCGGACCUAUGAGUUUUCGACAUCCGAAUCCAGUGAAUAUGUACCCCCAAGCACAGCAUGAUUAUAAUACGGGCAAUGGGUUGCCCUUCAAUCAGAAUUACGGACAUAUGUCACAUCCACCAAGAGCUAUGUUUCGUCCUGAACUUAGUGCCGGGCCAAUGCCAGGUGCAAACAAUGCCAGCCUAGGCCCAGGCGGUGGACCUAUAGGAAUACGGCCAAAUAUGCGUUUACCGCGACCACCGUUGUCAAAUUUACCACCUCAAGGUUUAGCACCAAACUUCAUAAAUAAUCCGACUCAUAGGCCUCCGCAACAGCAACAACAACAACAAGCUUUGCCGCCUCCACAAGCUCCCCUACAGAUGCCGCAAAGCGGUGUACAUUCAAAUACCGGCGCGCUACCAUCGCAAUUGCCCGGAAGUAGUAGUAGCAGCGGCCCUAUAGCAUCCACUACAUUGCGCCCUGGUAAAGUUCUUAUCAAUCCUAAUUUUAAAGGCGGUGUUCAAGCAGCUACAAAUAAGUUUAUAAAGGAGACUCAGUUUAUGUCAACAAUAAGCAGCCAUGUUUCGCACUUACAAAGCGACGAUGAGCUUCUUCGCCAGCAAGAAGAAUUCAUUAAUAAAAAUCGAGAGCACAUCGAGAAACGUCGACAUGAGCGUUCACCACUCACUUUGAGACGUAGCCGUAGUCGCAGCCGUUCACGAACACAUUCACGUGAGCGAAGUUUCACACCUCCAAAUAAACGAGGAGUUGGAGGUACUGGCGGUGCUAGUUUGAACUUCGAUCGAGAACGAGAGCGUGACCGCGAUCGUGAACGAGAGCGAGACCGAGAACGAGAACGUGAUCGAUUGGAUCGUGAACGAGAGCGAGAACGUGAUCGAGAUAGGGAAAGAGAACGUGGGCCAAUUGAUCGCGAGCGCAGUGGUGGGGGAAGCGGAAAUGGUAACUUAGGACCAAGAGGAAAUCGUUUUCGCCGUGGAGAUAGUCGAGAUCGCAACUAUGAUAAAAGAAGUGGAAGCUAUAGCAAGCGUAGACGCAGUUUAUCUCCAUUGCCCCGUGCUGGCGGAAAUUUUCGACGUGGCGGAGACCGCGAUCGUUUAGAUGUUGAAGAAGACGAGGAGACACGCGCUUAUCGUUUGGAAAUCGAAAAACAGAAAGCGUUGCGGGAGAAAAUUCUCAAGGACAAAGAAUUAAAGCGAAGGCGUGCUGCAGAGGAGAAACAGUAUGAGGAUCAUCGUACCACGCAGCCCAACAAUAAUAAUAGUAACAAUAGUAGCAACACUUCCAAUAGUGCCAGUGAGGAUCAGACUCAAAAACUUAAACCAAUUGUGGUAACAGAACGCAAAAUAAUAUCAUUAAAGAAGCGACAACAACAGCCACAAUAUUCCGAUGACGACCUACCACGCCCAAAACAUCAGCAACAGUCUCAUCAAUCUCAGUCGCAGUCACAGAAUCCUCGGAAACAAAUUCCAACUGCUAAAAUAUUGCCAGAAGCAAAACGCAACAUAAGCGAUCAUAUAACGCAUGUCACGAGCAGCAGUGGUGGCGGUGGAAGCAGCGGUAGCAACAACACCGCCAUAAUAAAGCCAGUUCCGAAGAAAGAAACUCAUACACCGACGCCACCGCCUGCAGCUCUUUUAAAACAACCUCGUCGUCUAUCGUCACCGAGUGAUGAUGAAGUCGAGCUUGACUAUGAUGAAGAUGAACUGAUGCUCGAAAUGGAGGAUCGAUUAUUGGCUACACCAACGCCAUCUCCACCACGAAUGGCAAUAUCACGUACGCCUACUCCUGAGCCAAUAGCUCCGCCAUCAUCUAGUAAAACAAAUUUAAAAUCUAGCCGCAGUAAUAGCAAUGCCACGUCGCAAAGAUCAUCAACAUCAUCAGCACCAUUCAGUUCUAGUAAUCGACGAGUGGUACUAAAAUCGUCAUCAUCGUCGAUGUCAACUGCUUCAGGAGGUGGUAGCCGUAAGGAUAGCGAAUUGCACUCAUCUGAUGGCAGUCGCAAUCGACGAGCCGGAGGAGGAUCUUCUCGUAGCAGUAACAGUAGUAAUUCACGAAAGGGUAUAUUUGAUCGCUUGGACUCCAGGCGGCAAAUGUAUGACAACGCAGGAAACAAUAGAGACGGUGGAAAUAGCGAUGGAAAACGUAGCAAGGGUCAGCGAAUUGUUCUAAAAAAUGACUAAAGUCUUGGCAAUUUAAGGAAAGAGAUGGCAAACCAUCAUUAUGCUUGAUAAUUUAAUACCUUUUCGAAGCUUUCUAUAAAUGUGUAGCUAACAUUAAAACUACACAAACUUCUUAUAGGAAUAUUGUUGCGGUAUUUCUAAAAUCAAAAAAGAUAAUUUUUACUAUGUCGUUGUAAAAAAACAACACCAUGGAUCAGUAAAAUAAUUAAAAUAUGAGCCGUAGGGAAAUUGCCCUAUAUUUAAAGUGAAAAAAUAUUGUGUAAUAAGGUAAAACUACAUAACACUUAUUCAUAUCCCUAAACAAUUUAUCUUUACAUUGAUUUCCUCACGCACAGGCCUACAUAAAGCAAAAAGUAGCUUUGAAGGCAUAUAUUUAAUCCUGACUAUAAUUAUAAUUACUUUAAUAAUGUUCAUGGUUAAACGAAAUAAGAAGAAAGGAAUGCUAAAUUUGUAAAGUAGUUUUUGCUUUUCUCUGUCGCAUAGUUUGGACUUGUAAUUUUAUUGUAAUUUGUCAUCCCUAUCUACAUAUAGUAUAUAUGUGAUCAACUUUAAUACCCCUUAUGAUCUGAACUCCCACCAAAACAGACCCUAUCCUCUGUAGAUUGCAAAUUAUUCAAAUUCAAACAUGCCAGAGCUCCAUGUUGACUCAUGAAACCUUUAGCCAUAUUCAGGUUUUCAAGUUCUUUAGAAGGUUAAGUGUGCAAGCAAAUAGGUUUUCUUAUACUUUUUUUUCAAAUGAAAAGAAUAUUAUUGACUAUUUAUAUUUUUAAAAUUGUAAUUAGUUUUUGAUAAAUGCUGAAUUCGAUAUUUUCAACAUAAACACCCGUUCGAAUAAGUAUUAAUACAACAUUAGCAUGAGUUUAAUUAAAUUUUUUUUUUUUUUUUUUUUUUUUUUUUUUUUUUUUGUUAGCAUGUAUGAUUUUUGAAGUUACACCUAUUAUUUACGUAUCAUUUAUGCAUUUAAUCAGCCUCAUGCAUUAAUACUAAUUCAUGACCUGAAACCCAGUUAUUAUCCUUCAAAGUGACGUUUCCUCAAUCGGAAAAUGAAAACAUGAAAGUGAACAUGAAACAUGGACCCAAUGUUUUUAAUACCUAUUUCAUAUGUUACCACAAAAAAACUAGGGUGUUCUGACAACGGCUCGGAUUUUAUUAAUGCCCCAAUAGCGUAGAAUGAAUAAGUUAGAAAUUUUGUCACAUUUUUUCGUCUAUACAAGAUUUUUUCCACCACUCACCACUCAUAAAAUCAUUUGAAAACAAAAAUUAUAAAAUGAGAUUUAACAAUUUUACUGUGUAGAGCAUUGAGAAAUCGUAAAUUACUCGCCGCAAAUCGCCAUAUAUAUUUGUUAUCACAUCUUCAUACAUAUGAUAGUCAAUAUUUUAAAACCACUUAUCAAUUCGAAAUUGUUUCUGUAUAUUUUUACUACAAAAUAUCCAUAUCCUAGUUGAUAAAUCUGUUUUAAUUAAACAUUUGAAAUUUCUAUUUGGACGCCUGGUGACAUCCUUGACUUGACUUUCAAAAAUUUUUAUUUUAUUUAUUUUACACCUGGAUUUGAUAACAGCAUUUAGACUUUAAGUUGACAUUAUUAUUUUGUAGUUCGUAUAUUGUAAGGAUAUACAAAGUUCAACCCAAUUUAAAUAUAAUUUAGUGUAUAAGCUAUAAAAGUACGCAGUUACACACCGGCUUAAAGAGCUUCAUUAAUACUAAAUUUUAAAGUUUAUAGAAAAAUAGCAAAAUUGAUGCUUUAGGUCACAGCAGGACCCAAACAAUAUAAAUACCCACACCAUAUUUAAGAAAAUAAAAAAGACGAUUAAAAUAUUUUCAAAAUUGUAUUUUUGUAAGCUACAAAUAAAGUUUAGCUGCUAAAUUUGAGUAUGUUUUAGAUACUAACAAAAUAAAGAUUCAAAAUUUUAUUUUAAGUGAAACUGAUCAGUUUUUCGGCGAAAUAAAUGACUACAAUGAUUAUAACAAAAGAAAAAUUGUUAAAUAGUAUUUAAUUUUAUUAAAAUACAAAUUAGCAUUAAAAAAAAUCCAUAUUUACUAACUAAGUAAGGCAUACGCCGUGCUAUCAUGUAAUAACUGGUCGAACACAGCCAUCGAUGUGUAAUGAAGGAGUACUAAAAAUGGGUUUCCUGUUUAAUUUGAAUAUAAAUAUUGAUCAAAAUCUACAUUUGCAUAUAAUCCCAACCAUGCAGCACUAUACGCCUAAACAGAAUCCGUUGUAAAUCAUUGUUGAUAAAUUAAAAAUUAUUUAAAUAAAUUUACCCUAUCCAACCAGGUCGACGCAAAACUUGCAAAAAAUCAUGUAGAUAAUCUACUAUACGCAUAGGUAUAUAUAAAAUACAUAUGUAUGUACAUAUGCAUAUAUAUUCAUGUUGUAAAAACAGUGUUGUUUGUAGGAAAUUUACAAAAUCUCGUAUAAAAAUUAUCAAAAAAUUAAAAUAUAACACUUUAAGUCAAACUCUCGUAUAAAAAUAUUCUAUAAGUCCUAAUCUUAUCUGCAGUGAUGUCAGAGGUGUUGUACUUGACAUUACAAGUGUUAUGAUAAAUGCGAAAGCGAAUAUAUUCAAACAAAACCUCUAAUAUAAAUUUGGAAAAAGGCGUAUAGUAAAAUGCUAAAAGCGUUUUCAAUUGUUGCUAGCUGGUCGAGAACUGCAAAACUUAUUAAAAGAUAAAUCUUCACACAAUUAAAGUGAUUUAAUAGGUUUAAAUCGGUGUGAGCGCAAGAAAUGUUUUGAUGUAUGCAAAAUUUGCGAAAUUAGAAAAGAAAACUGCAGGGAGAUAAUUAGUAAAAAAAUUACAUUUAAAAAGGUACUAACUUAUAAAAGGCGCGGAAAUGUUUAAAAGUUCGGUUUUGAGCUAUGCGAAGCCAAAAUAAAAACUUUAAGCAUAUGGUUAAAUGAAAAAAAAAUGCAUAUUACAAUUAAUUAUGUAACCGCAUUUUACUGUGGACUAAUAAGUUUUUCUUAAAAAACUUCAAAUAUUUGGUAUUAUUUAUACAUAUUUCAUUAUGUUAAAUUAUUUUCGAAAUUCAUACAAAUUAUUCGAAUGCUAAAAGGAAUAUAAAAACUAAUACAGUUACUAACAAAUAUUAUGUUAAUAUGUACUCUUGUAGAAAUAAAUUUAAAACUUAUAUAGAAAUAAAUAAAUUAUGUAUGCUAAAUAUAUUAUCUGGAUUAUCACAAUAACCAACAUAUAAAAUCCAAAAAAUUGUUACUGUGUACUUUUAACUCAAAAACAAAAAAAAAAAAAACAACAUAAAAAAAAAGAAUUCUCCACAUGUAAUAUUCAUGUUGAACUGCCCUGUACAAAUUAAUAGUACAAACAAAGUGAUAUUUGGCAACCGAUAGGUGCCAUUCCAUGUGAUAUUUUCUACAUUGUUAUAGAUAUAUAUUGUUCUGAUGAUAGUUUUUUUAUUAUUUCAACUGAAAGUGCUAACUUUGUAAUUGAACAUAAUAUUUCCGACGUGAAAUAGUGCUCCCGACUCCAGCAGAAUUAUCUCACGUGUGGUACGCGUCGCUGGAGAAGAACUGAACUUGUUUGUGGGCAACAAAUCCAACCGUCGGCCGCCAACCAUCUUAACGAGGCUUCAACGGCACCUAGAAUGCAUGCUGUUGAUCGAUACAAUAAAGACUACGUAUUAAACGGAACUUUGGCAUGCUGACAUCAAAAAAAUAAAUACCCAUGAAACUACCCUUAAAUCUGCGUAAGGGAUAUUCGAACAUUGAGAUGCUGCUACCUGAUUUAUAACCCUGCGUAAAGAAGUACCUGGUGGACAUCGACACACAACACAGUUAAAAAGUUUCUAAUCUCUUCUUGAAAUACCUCAGCAGAAGUGCUAUUUUGGCUGAGAAUAUAUACUCGUAUAGAUACAUAUAUAAAUAUCCUUUACCUAGAUUAACAAGUUUGUGCCAAUAAUUAAAAACAAAAGACUGAACGCUUGUAAGUUACUCACUUCGAGUCGCUGUAUAUUUUAACAUUUUUACGACUUUUGUUAUUUAUUUUGAUACAUUUAUUUAUAAUUUCAACGUCAAAGAUCAGACUAUUUUAUUUGUAGAAGACUAAUUUGAAGUUAGAUCUUCUUUAUAUAACUUCUUUAUUUUCGGGAGCAUUUUUAAAUGUUACAUACAUACAUCCAUCUAGGUGUAUGUUGACUGAAGCUAACAAGCUUUUUUUUAUUUCAAAUUUAACUAUUUUAAUAUGUUUGUUUACUUUUAAAUGAAAAUGAUGUUUUUAUUAUUGUACAAUUAUUUUUUGCAUAAAAAAUAUUUUCUUCCAGCCACUCUCUUUACCUCUUUGAACAUUGUUUGUGGCUAAAAACGAAGAACCAAUAAAUACACCAAUAUUUACUUUUUUACAGCAUUUCAUAAA